UAUCCGCCAUUUUGUAAGUUUGCGACCGUUUCGCUCGCUUGAACCAAGUGUGCAACCACUUCACGUCCUGCCCCUUGUACAGAGUCUCAUUUGAACUCAUUCCUCGCAAAGGAGAACACAUGGUCGUUUUCAAGGGCAAGGCCUCCAGCCGCCAGGAUGUUUAUGCUAGAUCUGUUGUGGUGAAGGGUUUUAGAUAUUACUGUGGAAACACUCAGGACUGUAAGAUGUAUGCGUUAUGCAGCGAACAAGGCCGGAUUGUUGCGGAACGUUUUAACAAACUUCUAGAUAAAACUUCAUGCAAGAUACGUUUUGUUGUGCCAGCUGUUACAGAAAUUGAUCAAAGAGCAACUUUAACCCACAAGAAGAAGUGGGAGAAAGAUGAAGCGGUGGUGUUUGAAGAAAAGCUUAAAGGGGAAUUUACUACAUUUAUUGACAAAAGGUGCAACACGUCCGCAAAUUGUGAUUUAAUUUUGGAGGCUUUUUGCCAUUUUUCGUUACACGCAUCCGGAGGGAGUUUUGUCAUUUGUGGUCUCAAAGGCGUUCAGAGAAAGGACACAUCUGAAGUUAUUCUUACUAAUCCGACCAUACAUUCACGGGAGGGUAGAUUUGGCACAAAAGACAAGCGAGACGCUUGAAUUCAAGACUUCAGUAAUAAUCAUACAUGUAAUAAGUUCUGUCGCAUGUUUGUGAAUAAAUUAGCUUGUGAAUUCGACAAAGCAUCUGACGAGUGUUGAAUAGGAUUGAAGUUAGUUCUCACCUUAACAGAAAGGAAACACCAUUUCCGAGCGGGGGAUACUUGAUCCUGCCACAGUAAAAUGCCAACAUAACGUCCCAGUGCCGUCGGAGAAGAUAUUCUGUGUUGUGGGCAAGCACACAAGGUUUGUGGAGGCACUGUCAUUCAUGGAGGUACAAGAAACUGAACUGGUGAGAGAAUUGUCAAAUAAGUGCCUUCGAUAGCGUUCAGGCUGCUGAAAACCCAAAAUUAUUCCAUUUGCUGGAAUGUUCGCUGUUGUGACUGUUAUAUUAACAGGUUGGAGGAGCAAAACGGGUCAAAUGAUUACAGAAACGUUGUAACAUAUACAAUAUUAUUAGUGUUCCCAUUGUUUUGAGAGUCAAAGGGCUAAAAUAUAUUCCUAAAGGAAAAAUGUCCUAUAUUCUUUCUAGCGGAAAUAUCAUAUAUAGGCGAAAUCGAUGCAAGCUAUAUUCGUGCAUUCUUAGCAAUAUCCAUUUAAGUCUGGUUUCCCAUGACUCGUUUGUUCAGGAAACAGACAAUGACUCUAUUGACUCAAGCGACCUUUGACGCAGUUGUUAGUUGACUUCCAGUAUACGAGCGGUCUGACCGAGUAAAAACAACAACAACAUUAAUCUAACCUACAAAUGUAAUACAAACUCAGUGAUUAUAAAUGAUAAUAUUAAACGAUAUUAAAAUACCUGUUCUUGAAAAUCAAUGUUAAGAGAGAAAUCUAUAUCUGCUUUUUCUUGUGUUAUGUUUCAAAUUAUGAAAUAAAUACCAACGCGUAUUCGUCUAAUACUAGUAUGCAUUUUGACAGACUUGAUAAUUUCUUUUAUACUUUAUGAAAUAUCCAAAGUUGUAUAAAUAGAAUGUUUACAAAAUGA